AUGAAUCCACACGCAAGCACAAUCAUUAUUACUAGCCUAAUCAUAGGACCACUACUCACAAUUUCCAGCGACCAUUGAGUCUUAGCAUGAAUAGGCCUAGAAAUUAGUACCCUAGCUAUCACCCCGUUAAUCGCCAAACAACAUCACCCUCGAGCAAUCGAAGCAGCCACUAAAUAUUUCCUCACACAAGCAGCCGCCUCAACAUUAAUCCUAGCUUCUAGCAUUAUUAAUGCAUGACAAACAAGUCAAUGAGACAUUACCCAAAUAUCUGUGGAGGGGGGUGGGGUAAUCCUCACCGCAGCCCUAGCUAUUAAACUAGGACUAGCCCCCUUCCACUUUUGACUGCCAGAAGUACUACAAGGAAGUAAUACAAUAACAGCCAUAAUGUUAACCACCUGACAAAAAGGAGCACCAAUAUCAGUAAUAGUAAUAGCAGCCCAAUGUAUAAACACCUCCUUAAUAGUAACGCUAGGACUGACAUCCAUCAUUAUUGGGGGAUGAGGCGGACUAAAUCAAACCCAGCUACGAAAAAUCAUAGCAUUUUCCUCCAUUGCCCACCUAGGGUGAAUAGUCACUAUUCUUACCCUAUCCCCAAAACUCAUAAUAUUAACAUUCUACACAUACGCCAUUAUAACCUCCACAAUAUUCCUAAUAAUCAAGCUCCUAGAGACAAACAAAGUGUCCAUAAUAAUAACAUCAUGAACGAAACUACCAAUGCUAAACGCCACAAUAAUACUCAUCCUUAUAUCAUUAGCAGGUCUACCACCACUAACAGGAUUUAUACCUAAAUGGUUAAUCAUUCAAGAACUAUCUAAACAACACAUAUGCUUCACCGCCACUACAAUAAUCAUUAUAUCAAUACUAAGCCUAUUCUUCUACCUACGAACCUCAUACCAAGCAACCAUUACAUUAUCUCCAAACUCCACCAACUCCUCACAACAAUGACGGCACAAACCCAACCAAACAUACUACCUCACCCCAAUAAUCAUACUAUCCACCACCCUACUUCCAACCGUACCCACCUUACUAGCCAUUAUCU